AUGUUGAUUGGAUUCUUAUGCGUAUUCUUCGAGCUGUGGAUCACAGUCUUGGCUGCUACCGUUAAAGGAAGAGUCGACGUUUCGCCCUUCAAUCUCACUCGCAGAUCUAUUGUAAACACUGAUUUCAAGCUAAUCCAGGUGGGAGAGUACCAGGGCCGGCCAUUUACGUCGACAGCGAAAAUAAGCAAUCUCGAAGGUGAUUUCGGGUUCGAACAAGUGCCAGAGCCGCAAGACGCAAGUUCCCGGACUUUUUUCGUGCUCCAAGCAUCGUCCCUCGAUUUCAACCUUAAACCCAAUCGUAUUUUGGUCAGUAUUGAACGCAAUGGCUCUAACAGCACCACACAACUUGUAGUAAAAGCCUACAAGAACGUGUUCGGCAAGGAAAACUUCCCAUCACCCGAAAUCGUGCAUCCCGAACAACUAGAGGAGAUCCCCUUCGAGUCGCACAUUCCAAUCACUCUGGUCAACAAGGCUCCGCUGCGCGUCUAUGUGCAAGAAAGAAAUUCAGAUCUGUUCAAGUCUGGUCCUAUCGCUGGCAUUCUUUCCUCCAAGUACAAGCUCGCCGCAGUGAUCACCGGUAUCGUGGCCCUUAUUUUCCCUUCUAUUUUCUCCAAACUGGAGUCUGCCGCAGCAUUGGAAGCGACCGAAGAUAAGCUACUCCAUCAACAGCAGCAAAAACAAUCGGACCAGAGUGAAGUUCAGAGCGAGCUUGAAAAUAUCGAAAAAAAAAAUUGA